AUGACACUGCUGGUUUGCGCCCCAACCACAUGGGACUUCCAUUCCGGUUUCCAAGAGGUUCUCAUUGUCGAAAGUGCAAGCUCACCGGGUAUAAGAUCAAGGAUGGGAAAAUUUGCCGUGAUUGUUGGGAAAAGCAUUUCCUCCGCAAUAAUACCUAUAAUCCCAACCCAGAACUUCCAUUUAACUACCAGAAGGGGUACCUUUGCCAGAAGUGCAGCAAGUUAUGAAAAUGGCGAUAUGUGCUAUUACUGUUGGGUCAAGCACUAUAUCCGGUACCAUGCCUAUAAAUCCAAUCCAGAGCUUUCGUUUAAGUAUUCCGAGAGAUACCUUUGCAUGAAAUGCUACAAUACCGGUUAUAGGAUCAAGAACGGUACAUCAUGUAAGAACUGUUGGGAGGGAUAUGGUCCCAGAAAUGAUCUCCAGUCUGUGGGAAACACCAUGUUACCUUCGCUUGAGUUUAUUACCACCGUAAUGCCCCUGGCAGCCUUGUUGGAUUUAUCAAAUCCUAUUCCGACAGUAGUAAAGCCUGGUGACCCCAAGACGGGUGGUAUUUGA